GGGUUUCCAGAAAUCGUCGAGGAGCGUCGAGUGAGCCAUUUUCCGAGUCAACCCAGCUAUGUCAUCGUCCUCAUCACUCUCUGUCUCGGUGGAGCUCAUCACAGACUCCACCGGCGAACUCAGAUCCGAGAAAGGCCCAAAGGAGCCGAACCAUUCCCCCCUCGGCCCUCACGGACAGGACAGGACAGGAGUGUCUCACUCGCUAUCUCUCAAUCACAGCCGUCCAUCAGCGAAGUCGCAUCCACCGGCGAGCGAGGAGCGAUGGCUCACCAUCAGCCGUACGAUCCAUACUACCUCCACCAAGCACCGGAGUACGGGUUCAACAACGAUCGCAACGGCAUCAACACCCUCUUCGUUUCGGGCCUCCCCGACGAUGUCAAAGCCCGUGAGAUCCACAACCUCUUUCGCCGCCGUUCCGGCUUCGAUUCUUGCCAGCUCAAGUACACUGGUCGCGGCAGCCAGGUUGUUGCUUUUGCCACCUUUGUUAAUCAUCAAUCAGCAAUGGCAGCUCUGCAUUCCUUGAAUGGUGUAAAAUUUGACCCGCAGACUGGAUCUGUUCUCCAUAUUGAAAUGGCCAGAUCAAACUCAAGGAGGAAACGUAAACCAGGAAGUGGAGCCUAUGUUGUCAUUGACAAAAGAACUAAAACUACGGCUGAUGCCCAAGAAACAUCGAGUGAUGAUGAUUCAGGUGCUAGUGAAUCUGAUGAACCUUCUGGGGCCAACCAAUCUGACUCUGGCGAUAAGAGUGAAUUAGCAGUUGCGAAAAGUGGUGAGACAGUUGGUGGUGCUGAAAAUACUGUAGCUGCUGAAAAUGAGCAGACAGAAAAGACAGUUGAUGGUGUCUCACCAUGUUCCACUUUGUUCAUUGCAAAUCUAGGUCCAAAUUGCACUGAAGAUGAGCUGAAGCAAUUUCUAUCUCAAUAUACUGGUUUUAAGGUGCUCAAGGUGCGUGCUAGAGGUGGAAUGCCAGUUGCAUUUGCUGAUUUUGAGGAUGUUGAACAAGCUACCAUUGCCAUGGGUGCUCUUCAAGGAAGCUCGAUACCAUCGUUAGAUUGGGGAGGGAUGCACAUAGAGUAUGCAAGGUCUAAAAUGAGGAAGUCGUAGUAGAAAAGUAAGAGAGCCUUCCACCAAAUCCUCCACUGUUUCCUACUUGGAGUUCAGAGAUGUAAUGUAAUUUUGUUUCUUAGACAUGAUGAUUUAGAUGCCCUGCACUGUAAGAUAAGGAAACAUUGCUUGAUUUCAGAGUUUAUUGAUAUAAAUCUGUAGUGGUUAGGGCAUUGUAACUUUAACAUCAAUCACUCUAUAGUUUCAAUUUUGCAAAUUGUUGCCUUGAAUUAAAAAAAAA